GUUGCUCGCAGCUUCCUGGUUCGGUGAUUGGAGGAGCGGCGUGUGAGUCGGGCGGCGAGGCUGAGCUGGGGACGCGGAGUCGAGGAGAGGUGGUCUAUCGGACCAUGGCGUACCACAGCCUGCUGCAGGAGUACCGCCACAUACCCGUGGUGACCCGAGCCUACACUACUGCCUGCGUAUUGACUACUGCCGCCGUGCAAUUGGAGGUCAUUACUCCUUUUCAGCUAUAUUUCAAUCCUGACUUGAUCGUCAAGAAGUAUCAGGUUUGGAGACUACUAACUAAUUUUCUUUUCUUUGGCCCUCUGGGGUUUAGCUUUCUGUUCAAUAUGAUUUUUUUAUACAGAUAUUGUCGAAUGUUGGAAGAAGGAUCGUUCAGGGGAAGAACGGCUGAUUUUCUGCUCAUGUUUAUUUUUGGUGGUAUUUUAAUGACACUGUUUGGAAUCUUUGCAAGCUUGUUCUUCCUGGGGCAGGCCUUCACCAUCAUGCUGGUUUACAUCUGGAGCCGGAGAAACCCCUUUGUACGAAUGAAUUUUUUUGGGCUGCUGAACUUCCAGGCUCCUUUUUUGCCGUGGGUGUUGAUGGGAUUCUCAUUGCUUCUGGGAAACUCUGUCAUCGUUGACUUGUUGGGGAUUGUGGUCGGCCAUAUAUAUUAUUUUCUGGAAGAUAUAUUCCCAAACCAACCUGGGGGAAUGAAACUGUUGGUGACGCCAGGCUUUCUGAAGGCAAUAUUUGACGUUGCAGAGGAGGAUCCCAAUUACAACAUGCUGCCUGAGGAUCGGCCUGUGGGAUUCAACUGGGGCCGUGAACAAAGGUUUGGGGAUCAGAAUGAACAGAACCCCGAUGCUCACCAAUGAUACUUCGUAUUUUGUAAGACUGGAUGUUGCUGAAAUGGAGUAAAUUUAUUUUACAUUUUAUUUUGCAUAGUGACUGAGAUGCUUUCACAAAGGUAGUAAUUAAAAGUAAUAAUUGUUUUCAAUUCUUAUCAUCAGCAUCAAAGUGAAAAAUAUUUGUUGAGAAUUAUUGAGAGUCUUGAAUAAGUUUAUAUACCAAGCUCUUAUAAUUUCCAAGAGAACCAUUUUCUCAAUUGUGUGGUGUGGAUGCAGCAGGCUUCCAGGUGAAGAUAGUUCUUCUGAAAUCCACAGUAGUAUUGCGUAGUGUAUUAACGUGGUGUACAGCAAUGGGUUAGAAGGUGCUUUGUGGGAGUCAAAUCAAACAAUCGGUGGCAUACAGCCACAAAAACAUGAAAGCAGAAUUACAUUUGUCAUAGGAUUUAAGGAGCACAGGCAGAAAGGGUAUGUGUGAAAGAGGAGGUGGUGUGGUGAAAGAGCCUUAGGGAGGAGAUUCCUGGUGCUUAGAUUCUUGGCUGGAGCUCAUGGUACAAUAAUUGCUCACUAUGACAGACGCCUGAAUUAGAGUGUGGAUAUCGUGGAGUUAGAAAAGGUUAUAAAGAUACGAGUGUGUAAGAUUAUGAAUAGUUUGAAAACCACGAUGAGUAUUUUGUAGUUCAGUGGUAUUUGGUAAAGGUCACAAGCGCAAGUGUAGAGUAAAAAAAUAAGCAGUCGGGGUUUUGCAUGAUCUGAUCUUGUCCGCUGAAAACUCAGCUCCAGUUCAAGACAAUAAGGUGCAAGUAGCUUGAUCCAAUUUCAAAGAAUUUGAUUGUGAGAUGGAGUUUGUACACCAGCUGCGAUGCUUUCAGUUGUCCUGACCUUUGAAUGUAGAUCAUAGAACAGUACAGGAACUGGCCCUCCGGCCCAUAAUGUUUGAGCCAAACAUGUCUAGUGGAACUGAUAUUGUCUUCCUGCACAUGAUUCAUAUCCCUCUAUUCCCUGCACAUCCAUGUGCCUGUCUAAAAGCCACUAAUGUAUCUGCCUGAACCACCACCCUGGUAAUGAGUUAGAGGCCCCCACCAGCCUUUGUGUAAAAAAAGACUUGCCCUGAACAUGUCCAUUAAACUUGCUCUCAACUUAUAGCUAUGCCCUCUAGUGUUGAACAUUUCCACCUUAGGGGAAAAGGUUCUGAUGGUCUAUCUGCGCCUCUCCUAAUCUUAUAUACUUCUAUCAAGUCUCUCCUUAACCUCUGACGUUCCAGAGAAGACGAUCCAAGUCUAUCGAACCUCUCCCUGUAGAUGAAACCCGGUAAUUCACGCAGCAUUUUGGUAAACGUCCUCUGCAUCAUCGCCAAAGCUCCUCCAUCUUUCCUGUAAUGGGGUGACAAGAACAGCUCGCAAUACUCCAAAUGCGGACCAACCAAAGUCCUAUAGAGCUAGUGGUGUGGAGCUCACAUUGGGUCCCAAGAUCCAAUGAAAAAUGAAGUGAAGGAGAAACAAAAGUUUUACUCCCAGCUGUUGCUGAAGAUUUUAGGUAUCUGAUACUUCAUUUUGGAUAAGAAAGGAAUGAAGAGAUAUGCAACGUGUAGGAUUGGGUACUGACAAUGAAAGAUAAAUCAUCAUCUUAUGGAAUGGCAAUGGAAUAUUAAUUGGCUUAGUAUAAAUGCAAAAUUGUCCCUGGUGUGUGUAGCAUAAUGUGCGAGGAUCGCUGGUCGGUGCGGACUCGGUAGGCUGAAGGGCCUUUUUCCGCGCUGUAUCUCUAAACUAAACGCCUCUUGACUGAUAAAGGCCAAUGUACUGAAAGCCUUCCUGACCAUGCUAUCUACCUGUGAUGCCACUUUCCUGUGUACCUGCACUCCUAGAUCCCUCUGCUCUACAACACUGCCAGGCCCCAGGUCUCCUUUAUUCCCAUGCUUUGCUUUUCCACACUCAUCCCCAAAUGUAAUGUUGGAGAUCUCCAUUCUUGGUUGCCCACAACAUCAGGAAUGAACAUGAAUACCUUGCAAAGCUGAUGCUUUUGUCGUUAUGAGCAUACCUGUCCAGCUCGCAAUCUCUGCUUUUGCCAGCUUCUCACACUUCAAAACUGUCCUUAUUCCUUUGCUCUUCAUUCUGCUGUCUCCUGGAUUGUUCUCACUUUCACUCAUUUGUUUCAAGGAUCAUUGCUUGCAUUCUUCUGGAUUUCAGUCUAUGUGCACUGCGCAUUAUUACCGACAGAACUGCAAUUGAUAGUUCCACUGCCUCUGAUGCAACAGUAACACUUCAGACAAGACCCCAUCAUGAGUUUGCCAUUGUUUUUAUAAAAGCAUCGCAGCUAAUCUUAUUUAUGUGAAUGGUCAGUCAUUGGAACAACCUUGGUAGUGAGACAGCAGCAUUGAAAUGGUAAUUAGAUUUCUGUGACAGAACAUCACUAUGGUAAUAGUGGUAAUUUGAGAGACUUGUACUUUUCCAGCAGCAAUAGCUUUACCAUUAUCUCACAACUGACUGGAUGGUAGAGGACAAAACGGACAGAGAUUAAUCAUCUAGUUAUUCCUGUGGAAUAGUUCUUAAUUGCCUUUCUCUAUUGUACAUCUUGUCUGGAAAUGAUUGGAAACUCCGGUUCAUCUGUUAAUAAAGACUUAACUUAA